GGCAGCAGCCACGGCGACCCGGGGGGAGGCUCCGCGGCUCCCCGCUGCCCCGGGCCGCUCCGCCCCUGAGGCGGAAGGGGAGCGGCGGUGCUGAUGGCUGCGUGGCGCGGCGCCCUCGGCCUCGGCCUCCUCCUCCUCUGCCUGCUGCCGGUGCCCGCUUUAGGCGAGUACUGUCAAGCAUAUCUGGAUCCCCAUAGCAAGGUGCAACCUGCAAAAUCCUGUCCCAGCUUCUGCUGUGGAGAUUGCACGCGUCGAUACUGCUGCUCAAAUUCAUUAUUCAGAUUUGAUGAAGAACAGCAAUUGAUGUGUAAUCUGCUUGAUGGAAGGACCUCUGACUUGGGCAACCUGAACUUGCUUUUGGACUCUGAAGAUUUAAGUGAUUAUGGCCCAAGGACCUCUGACUUGGGCAACCUGAACUUGCUUUUGGACUCUGAAGAUUUAAGUGAUUAUGGCCCAAGUUUUGGAACCCUUGUUGCGAUUGGAAUCACCGUUUUUGCAGUGAUUGUAAUUACUAUCAUUCUGUGCCUCACCUGUUCGUGUUGCUGUUUGUAUAAAGCAUGUCGAAAACCACGGCCUGUGGUGACCACCACUACUGCCACCACAGUGGUUCACGCUGCCUACCCCCAGCCAGGAGUGCCACCCAGCUACCCGGUAGCUCCGUAUCAAGGAUAUCAGCCGAUGCCUAUCCAGCCACAGCCGGGAAUGCCAGCAGCACCGUACCCCACACAGUAUCCUCCCCCUUAUCCCAUGCAGCCAUCAGGACCUCCAGCUUACCAUGAAACAGUGGCAGCUGGUGCUGGAGCACCUUAUCCAAUCAGCCAGCCCCCUUACAACCCUGCUUAUAUGGAUCCUCAGAAGCCCACCUAUUGAACAGACCUACUACCGUGCUUCUGCAUACAAAACUUUUUAAAAUAUAAUCUGUUCUGUUUACACCAUGCCGCUGUAGUACAUUAUCCUGGAAGACAGCAAUCCUUUGUCUAAGUAAAGUGAAAGUUAAUUCAGUAUCCUUUGUGGUUUUAAAUGUUUCAAGUACUUCUACAAGAAGUUGCUCAUUUAUACCUCAAGCUAAUACAAAAAUUGAUUUUGUUCAAUAUACAGUAAGAAAAGUAUGAAGAAGGGGUGCUUCAGAAAUAAGAACCACAAUAACAUUUAUCGUGCAAUAAUUUUUAAGUGUGGUAGAAAGGAAUGGUCAAAUAAGCAUUAUCAAAUGUGCAAAGCUGUAGCAAUCUUUUGCACAGUAUUAAGUCUGAGAAACUCUGUGACACGUGUUCUGCCUGUUUUGAAGUUACUAGCAUGAGGUAAGCUUCAACACAAUACAUUUCAUUUAUUGUUUAAAAAGGAUUUUUACUUUUUUGAAGUGCAUUUGCCUUCAGUAAGGGGUAGCGAUUCAUGUUUUAAUUGUGUUUGGACUAGUUGCGUUAUUCUGUGCUAAAUAGCAUGAGUUGGUCAUUUUCUUGUUUUCUUUCCCAAUUUUAAGGCUUAAAAACUGUGCCUUCAUUGGGCUUUUUCUCAGGCUGUUUUACUUUAUAGCUAGAAAUCAACAACAAAAUCAAACCUUCUGCCAUUCAGUAGAACACAGAUCAAAAGAUUAAAACCUAAGAAUUCUUCUUAAAAAAUAUUGGACAAGUGCUUUGUUUGCUUAAUAGUCAUAUGUUGUUGAUGUUGGGGGAAGAAAAUAGCACCUUAAUCAUAUGUUAAGCAGAAGCGACUGCCAGUGUUCGGCCAUUCCUUGUCACAGAGAAGGGAUUUAUUUUACAGGAUAUAUGUGAUGUCAGAAGUAGACUUUUUUUAAAAAAUGUUUAGGGUUUGUCACUGUCUACAACGGGAACCUAGAGAUGAUGUAUCUUUAUGAAUCAAGUCUGUAUCUGAAAAAUACGAGUGUCAAAAAAGAAAUGCCAACCAAACUUGGAGUAGAGGUUUAGCCUCCCUUUUGUCUUCAACAUUCCCAUAAAGCUGAGUAAAGAAUGAGAAGUAAGGACUAAGAAGAGUAGUAGGAUUUGGUCACAGUGCGGUAAUAUAUUUUCAAGAACUAUUAGCAGUGUUAGAAAGGCUUUUGGCUCUUGUACUGAUCAAGUGAAACAUGAUUUUUAGUGUCCUCUACAACGCUACCUUUUCUAGCAUUGAAGUACACUUUGUUAUUUCUCAGUAGAGCUGUCUGUAGACUGUUGAAUCUGUCACUGUGACAUAACUAGUGAAAUAAUUUUGGCAUAUUCCAUACACAGAUUUUACUUGUUUAGAGAGGCCUUUUAGCCACUUGUCCUUGUGAUUCUACAUCUAGGGUAUAUAACUGUUUAAAAGACAUUGAACUUACAUAACUGAUGGCAUUGUUUUACCUCAUAUGAUGGAUGGAAGCUGCUAUUGUCAAAGGCAGCCUUAUUUCUCUAACUGAUUUUGGGGGCCUUUUUCUGUGUUAUUCCAUUUUUUUAUUUUUUUUUUUAUUUUUUUUUUAAGAAAAUCUUUAGGGCAUUUCAGGAGAAAUUUGUGGAAAAUUUUGUAACAUUGAGAACCAUGACAACCUAUGCCCCUACGUACACCACUCCAAGACUGUCUGAGUUAAUAGCAUGCAGUGGCACCAAGAGGCACCCGCGGAGUGCAUGUUCCUCUAUGUUCCUCCCCUUUUCUGCCUUGCAAGCUGGAAAAUCAGGCAAUGCGUCCUAACACUGUUAGGAGUUCUGUGGGAACAACCAGAAAUGGGCACUGUCCCCUGUAUGGAGGAUGAAGUCUUUCCCUAGAAAUCUGGAAUAUUUUUAUGUAGGAUAAUAACUGCAGAAAUAAUCCCUUUUCUAUAGAUCCCCUACUCAUGUGUUGAUUCAUAUAGAAGAAUGGCAGAGAUUCCAAGACAUUCCAGCAACUUUGUUAGUCUGCUGCCUGAUGGAGUCUGGCCAGGGAAAUGCAGCCAGCUGUUGGGCAGUUCUUGGAGCACAGGUACAAUGUUCCAGUGUUGGCCCUCACGAGGUUGUUACUUCGCACCUCUUCCUUUCCUCUGCCUGAUGUGGCAAAAUGUAUGGUUUGUGGUGGUGUUAGUAGGGUUAUGUUUUGGAUAAAAAAGGAAAAUCUGCAAUUUCAUGACACAUUGACUUAAUCAUCUGCCAUCAUCCAUAACAAAAAGGUAGUAGGAAAGUAAACUGGCAACAAUGAAAAUCCCCAAAUCUAAAAUUUUGGGGUAGAUGCAGAUAGAUAAAUUGCCCUGAAUAUGACCACACAUGGAGUGGUGGGAGGAGAUCAGGGAUAGGGUUAAGGAGCCUGUUAAUUUACACUUCUCUUAUAAUGAACAUCUGGUAAUGUUGACUAUAUUCAAGUGCAGAGAUGAAUCAUUAAGACACAAUGAACUACUUUAGUUGUAUUGUUACUACUUCAGUUAAAAAAUGGUUGAAGGAAGAGAAAAUGGUUUGCUUUCCUCAUUUCAAAAUUGGAACGCUUAAUCGGGUCUUUUCUUACUAAUGCAUUAAUCAACAUUAUUGAUACAGCAUAGGACCAAAUUUUAUGCAGUUAUUGCUGUGCAACCCAAUUAAACGUGUUUUCAUAUAGUUAAGUGAAUGGGGCAGUUACAGAAAUGAUGGAGAGCUUGUACCUUAAACUUGUUCAAGUACUGGUAAUAUGUCAGUCCCAUUUGCUAAUGUCUUUACAUCAAACUAGUUACCCACAGUGCUGUAGGGAGGGGUAAUGGAAUUCAAAUUUUAAAUGUUGAAAGAGUGUAUGUUUUUUUUUGGUUUUUUUUUUUAGUUCUGUAAGUGCCUUUGUUUCAGAAAUGUUUUGUGAAAUUAAAUACAAUAUAAUAUUCUGUUGGUCUGAAUUUAUUAGAUAAUCAUUGUUGACUUUUACAUACUGUAAACUAGCUUUGUAUGUUGUUUGUAGUUCAAACAUAAGUGUUCUAAAGAAAUGGUAUAAACUCUAUGCACCUUUGUAAUAAAUGCAGUGUUUGAAAUAUAUUCUUUUUUGUUUUCUCAA